AUGAGGUCGAAUUAUUCACCUCGGAGCUGGAAAUCCUUCCAAUAUCUCCCCACCCGUCUCUACUCGAGAGCGCACAGCCCCCCAUGGCGGCCAGUGUCCGCCGUCGAUGAAUGGGUGGAGAGGGCGAUACGCCCCAUCAGUCUUCGCCAGUUGACCUUCUUCGGCCGUACCCUUACCGAACCGCGCCUGAUCAGCUCUGCAAACUACGUGCGAACCGAGCUGCCAACCCGACUGGCGCAUCGAUUGCGAGACAUUCAACAGCUACCCUAUGUGGUGGUGGCCAACCCACACCUUACUCUCGUAUACGAGCUGUACUACAAAGCGUUUGAGAAGGCCCGCGUGGUGCCUGAGAUCAGGAGCCUGGAAGAUAAUGAUCGGUUCUGUGAUAUACUCAAGGAGAUGCUGAGAGAGCACUUGGUGGUGAUCCCCAAUCUGGCGAUGGGUGUGUUGGAGUGCCGAAACCUUGCUCCGGCGGACGAGAUGGACCGUCUGAUGAACACGCUUCUGCGAGCGAGAAUCUCCCGCCGAGUCAUCGCCGAACAGCACCUCGCUCUCACCGAAACCUUCAACUCUCCAUGGCAUUUCCCCGACUCCCACGACCGAACCGAUAUGAACGCGGAUUUCGUGGGAGAAGUGUUCCUCAAGUGUAAGGCGAAGGAAGUGGUUGAGAGAUGUGGUAAGGUCGCACAGGAUCUGAUGCGGACGACCUCGGAGUCGACCCAGAUCCCUGCCAUCACUGUCCGGGGCCAUACCGACGCCACUUUCCCGUAUAUACUAAGUCACCUCGAGUACAUCAUCGGGGAGCUCCUUCGCAACUCGGUUCAGGCGGUGAUGGAGAAAUACCAUGGCUCCACCGAGCCGCCGCCACCGAUCGAGGUGCUCGUGUGCGAGACCCCACAGCACGUGAUAAUGCGAAUCUCCGACCAAGGUGGAGGUAUCCCGCGGGAGAUUCUCCCUUAUCUCUGGUCGUUUAGCAAGGGUCCUCGCACACAGACCCGAUUGGAGAACCUUGGGCGGGUCCCCGCAAUGGCAGCUACCAUGCAAGAGCUGCAAGUGUUCCACGAACGCAAGCAUGCAAAUCACGACACAUCAUUCUUAUCAUACCAUGAAGGAUCUUUGGACACACUGACGUCACGGCCGCCAGAUCUUCGAUUGGGAAUGGGGUUGCCCAUGAGUCGGGUUUAUGCUGAAUACUGGGCAGGCAGUCUCGAACUGCACAGUCUGGAAGGCUAUGGUGUGGAUGCCUUCCUGCAGAUCUCGAAGCUUGGAAACAAGAACGAGCAAGUCACCACUCGAGCAGCGAUCGAUGCUGUGUAG